GUUGACCAAAUGCCUCCAAAACAAGAAAGCAGAAAAUAGUAGCUUUUGCGUUUUGAGAAAACGGGUUUUGUUGUUCUCUUCUUCUCACUCCUCUCUCUCUCUCUCUCUCUCUCUCUCUCUCUCUCUCUCUAACUCAACUCAUGAAUCAAAAUCAAUGAGAAAGAAAAUGAAUAUGGUACGGUUCUUCUUCACUCUUUUGUUUUAGAAUAAUAAAUAAAUAGUAAAUCUCUUGAAUGCUGUUUUAAUUUCCAUUAAUCCUUAACUGUUCAUUCUCUGAUCUGUUUCUCAAUUAUUUCUCUCUAAAACCCAUUCACCCAUCUCCUUUCAACUAUUUUGUCAGGGUGGUUUAAUCACUAAUGUAAUGUGUGAUUUCAUGACCCUUUGAAGAGUUCUUGUCAUUCAACUCAUUUCAGACUGUUGGGUUGGUUUGGAAUUUUUUUUCUUUCAUUCAUAGCUUUCUAGGUCUAAAAAAAGGAUUUUUUUGUUGUUGCUUGUUUUGUGUUUGAUAAAAUGCCUAUGUAUCAGCCAUCUAAAAGGGAUAUGGUUGUUGGGUUUGAGGGUGGUGGGGAUGGUCAGAUUCUAGAUCUGGACACAGCUGUUAAAGAUGGUGUCUUGGGUGGUGUUGACGGUGGUGUUGUAGGAACUGGUGUUGGUGAGAAAUUAGAUCUGAGAAAAAUGAUUCAAGAGCUUGAUUUAUGUGAAGUACCAACUGUUUUCAUUUGUCCAAUCUCUCUUGAACCAAUGCAAGACCCUGUUACUCUUUGUACUGGACAAACCUAUGAGAGGAACAACAUUCUCAAAUGGUUUAACCUAGGACACUUCACAUGUCCCACAACUAUGCAAGAGCUUUGGGAUGAUUCAAUCACUCCAAACACAACGCUUUAUCGCCUUAUAUACACUUGGUUCUCUCAGAAGUACUUGUUGAUGAAGAAGAGGUCUGAAGAUGUUCAAGGAAGAGCUUCUGAGCUUGUGGAGACACUCAAGAAGGUCAAGGGUCAAGCUCGUGUUCAUGCCUUGAAGGAACUUCAUCAUGUUGUCGCUGUUCAUGCCACUGCUCGUAAGUCUGUCAUUGAUGGAGGUGGUGUUUCUGUUUUGUCUUCUUUACUUGGUCCUUUUACUUCACAUGCUGUUGGCUCUGAAGUUAUUGGUAUUCUUGUUAGUUUAACACUUGAUUCUGAAUCCAAAAAGAAUCUUAUGCAACCUGCUAAGAUUUCAUUGAUGGUUGACAUCUUGAAUGAGGGUUCAAUUGAGACUAAAAUCAAUUGCACGCGGUUGAUUGAAUCACUAAUUGAGGAGAAGGAUUUUCGUUCCGAGAUUAUCUCCAGCCAUAGUCUUUUGGUUGGAUUGAUGAGGCUUGUUAAGGAUAAGAGACACAGCAAUGGAAUCUGUCCUGGAUUAAGCCUCCUCAGAACAGUGUGCUUCUAUAAGGAAGUUAAGAUUUUGUUAGUUAGCAUUGGUGCUGUUUCUCAAUUAGUUGAAUUGUUGUCUGGUAUGGAGCAUGAAUGUUUGGAAUUAGCCCUUUGCGUUUUGGAUUCAUUGUCGUCCAUACCCGAAGGCAGAGUAGCUUUGAAGGAUUGUGUUAGCACCAUACCCAUCAUGGUGAGACUUUUGAUGAGGAUCUCAGAAAGCUGCACUCAGUAUGCAUUGUCGAUUUUAUGGUCUGUUUGCAAGCUUGCGCCCGAGGAGUGUUCGUCAAUUGCCGUCGAUGCUGGGCUUGCUGCAAAGCUCCUUCUUGUAAUUCAAAGUGGUUGCAAUCCAAUAUUGAAACAACAAGCUGCUGAGCUUUUGAAACUAUGUAGUUUGAAUUAUUCAGAUACCAUCUUCAUUUCCAAGUGCAAGCUUACAAGAACAAUCCAAUGACACUGGAUUAACUUGGUGGUGGUGCCAAUAAUUUUGUAUAUUCACAAGGGGUGGGGCGGCAAGAGUAGUAAAGGUUAGCAGCUUCUCAGACUACAAAACUCCAAUAAUUCCCAAAGAUGUGAAAAUGGGAUUGAGGUGCAAGUCUCUCCUGUAAAUAUUUUUUAGUAUUUUGAUUCCAACAAUUAAUUUGAAUGAAUGAAUGAAGAAGAAAUCAUAAUCCAAUGUUUCAUGUUGUUACAAUAAGCCCCCCAUCAAGAAGAUAGUUAAAUUCUUUAUACUGCUUUUGGGGUUGAUUUAUAUGGAUGUAGAAGUCAUGCUGCUGUUGUUGGAUAAAGAUACUUGUUAGGAGAGUGAUCAUGUCAUAGCAAAGAUGGAGCUUGCAAUUUCAAUUGUAAUUGUUGAGGAGUUGCUUUGCUCCAAGCCCUUACAUUUCAUUGUAUCUUCUUCUUCUUUGGAUCUUUUUAGAGGCCUCCAAUUUUCCAUUAAAAAAAAAUACUGGGAAUUUUGCUUUUGAUCUCAAAAAACAUGUGUAGAGACACCGACCGGAGAGCCUGUGAAAGUGAAACCUUCAAUUUUUAUGUGUACAAUGGAAUUGGAAACAACUAUUUCAUUUAAUUUAAUUAUUAUUAUGCAUUUCAACAUCUCCAAA